CUUGGGAUAUCUCCGAUAGAAAAUAAUCGCUUGAUAUCAGUUCGUGUAAUUCGUAACGCUGUCCGUGAAGAACGUCGACACCAUCGAUAGGUUUCUCAGAUUGAUAAAGAGGCUAUUUCAGAAAUAAUGAAUUGCAUCUCGUCCACGCUAGACCCCAUACAAGUUUACAAACAUGAAUAAUCACACGAAACAGUGAUUGAUAAGGUUCCACAGCAAUGUUAUCGUCUCUUAGCGCCGCUGUUCUUCGAAAAAUAGAGAGGAUUUACAACAAAAUGCGCGUUUAUUCUUCACGAUUGAAAAUCGAAAUCGAAUAUCGAUCAAGGACUAACAGUUGAUGGUUCUGAGCUGGUUCUUGGUGUUGUGUUUAGUGUGCUUUUUCUGUGCAACGUGUUAUGCCGAGAAAGAAGAGUCUGACAGGUAGCUGUUCCAGUAGUAGUAGCAGCGAGAAGUUUCCUCUGAUUUUUUUCCAACCGAAGAGCUACGGAACUCUGGUUGCCAGCUAUGAGUUCCUCAAGUACUCGAGGAAUAAGGAAAGCCAACAGACGCUCCAACGAUCGGAAUCGAUGUUGUCGUUAUGUUUCCGUUCGCUAGAGACGUACAUUAACGACGAUAACCUCGACGGUCUUAGGGCUUUCCUAGAGAACAAACAGGUCCAAAUUGAAGAUAGGGAUGAUAAUGGCACCACAGCUCUCAUAUACGCUGCUCAAAAAGGACGUCUCAAUUUCGUCCAGGAACUGCUCAAAUAUGGCGCCGAUCCCAACGCUGAGGACAAUGACAACUGGACGCCACUGCUCUGCGCCUGCAAGGAGGGCUAUUUCGAUAUCGUCCUAUUACUUCUGGAGAAUAAUGCGGAUAUCGAACAUAGGGAUAUGGGUGGUUGGACUCCCCUUAUGUGGGCUACGUAUAAAGGAAGAACUGAAAUUGUCCAAAUUUUGCUAGAGAGGGGGGCUGAAGUGAACGCCCAUGGAAAUUACCACAUAUCCUCCCUGCUUUGGGCUGCUGGCAGGGGUCACACCAGAAUAUGCAGGAUGCUCAUCGACAAAGGUGCCAAGGUGAAUGUUGGCGACAAAUACGGGACCACUGCCUUGAUAUGGGCCAGCAGGAAGGGUCAUUUGGAGAUCGUCGAUAUGCUUUUGCGAGCCGGUGCUAAUGUGGAUACAGCAGGGAUGUACUCGUGGACCCCUCUCAUAGUAGCCACUCAGGGAAAUUUCAUCGACGUUGUCAAUUCCCUGCUGGAGUUCAAACCUAAUAUAAACGCUUUGGAUAAGGACGGCUGUAGUGCUCUGACUUUAGCAUGUAAGGAAGGCUAUUAUGAAAUUGCCACUGCUCUGUUGGCUGCUGGUGCUUAUAUCAAUAUUCAGGACAGGUCCGGUGAUACCAACUUGAUACACGCUGUGAAAGGCGGUCACAGAGGUGUAGUCGAGGCAUUACUGAAGAAGUAUGCGGAUGUAGAUAUUGCUGGUAAGGACAAGAAGAGUGCCAUCUACAUAGCCGUGGAAAAAGGCAACAUCAACAUUGUUAAACUCCUGCUGAACUCUAAUCCCGACCUAGAGAUAGAAACCAAGGAUGGUGAUACCCCACUUCUCAAAGCUGUGAGAUCCAGAAAUGCCGAGAUUGUUCAGUUGUUGCUGGAUAAAAAGGCGAAAGUUUCGGCUGCAGAUAAGAGGGGUGAUACAGCUCUACACAUAGCGAUGAGGUCAAGAUCGAAGACUAUCGUAGAAAUACUCUUGAGAAAUCCUAAACACAGUCAAUUAUUGUAUCGUCCGAAUAAGGCCGGCGAAACUCCUUAUAAUAUUGAUGGAAGCCAUCAGAAAACGAUUUUAGGACAAAUUUUCGGAGCAAGGAGACUCAACACUAACGAGGAUAACGAGAACAUGUUGGGGUACGAUUUGUACACAAGUUCUCUGGCUGAUAUGCUGAGUGAACCCUCCUUGUCCAUGCCAAUCACCGUAGGGUUAUAUGCUAAAUGGGGCAGCGGAAAGUCUUUCCUACUGAACAAGUUGAGAGCCGAAAUGAAAAGUUUCGCGAAAGAAUGGUCAGAUCCUGUAUUCCAGUUCUCAACCUCGCUGUUUCUUGUUCUUCUUCACUUUGCACUAGUCAUAGGAACAAUAAUAGGAUUGGGAACCAGAAGUUGGGUUGCUGGUGUUAUUUUGUGCAUUUUGUUCCUUGUUGUUGUCUAUAUAUGUCUCUUUUUCAUGUGGUUCGCCAACAAAAGUUACGAUAUAAGUUGGAUAAAUAAUUUCAAUGGUAAACUGGCAAAAAAGAUUAACAAUGUCAGAUUGGUGUUUCAAAUACUCUUCUGUCACCCACCAAACCCAUCUCCACAGUACUUAACCAGUGCAAAUCCAAUCAGAUUUUAUUUCACCGAUCUCACUAGAGUAAGUAGUACUACGGGUGGUGAAAAUUCUGUUGUUCAAAUGAUCGGAAGUCUGUAUGAUGCCAUUGAAAAUGACUACGGUCCAAUUGCUACAAGACUUUACAGAGCCUUCAAACCCAAACCUGGUAAAACCUCAUCUUGGAAAUGGAGAAAAAUGUGCUGUUUACCGUAUAUAGUACUAUUUGAGAUAACUUUCCUUUGUAUUUUAGUAGGAAUAAGUGCCUUGACUGUUUAUUUCAUACAUCUGAGAACGAGAGAUACCGAGAGUGAUGACACUCUGAAGCUCAUUCUGGAGAUAGUUUUGAUAACUGCUGGUUCACUGUUGGGUUUAGCCGCUGUGGCCAACCUUUACACAUUUGGUAGGAUGUGUUCAAGCUUAAUGUUUUCCCAAAGGCGACACCUGCAGAGAACUAUUGCCAAAAUAGAGACGUUAAAAUCGGAAGGAUUUCUGCAAGCGGUUCGGCAAGAGGUGAAUUUGAUGAAAGAAAUGAUAAAAUGUAUAGAUGGGCUCAGCCAACAGCAGUCCAGGCUUGUUGUAAUAAUGGAUGGUUUAGAUAGUUGCGAACAAGAAAAAGUAUUGCUUAUACUUGAUACUGUACAUAUGCUUUUCUCUGAUGCAAGUAGCCCCUUCAUUGUGAUAUUAGCUAUAGAUCCUCAUGUUAUAGCCAAGGCUGUUGAAAUGAAUACUAGGAGAUUGUUCAGUGAGAGCAACAUUGGAGGACACAGUUACUUAAACAAUAUGGUCCACCUUCCCUUUUUCCUCCAAAACUCAGGUUUGAGGAAAGUAAAAGUGGCACAGCAAGUUGCAGCCAGUCAUAAAAAACCAGCGAAUUCAUUAUGGUCGGAGAACGAGGAGAACCUCAACAGUUUUCUAGCAAGAUCGGCGUCUAGCAGAAGGCUUUCGAGUGAAAGCGCCCUCAUGUCCAGUCAGGAGAAGUUGAAGCACAACAGGAAAGGAAGCAGAAAAUUGAAAUUAUCCGAAUCUAUCGCCAGUUCCAUCGGUUCGAAUUUGAACAGGAUUGGCGGGCCACAUGAUCUCACGAAGAUGUUGCUCACAGACGAUUAUUUCAGUGAUGUAAACCCUCGUUCAAUGAGACGGUUGUUCAAUGUUGUUUACGUCACAGGUCGUUUACUGAAAUCUUUUAAAAUUGAUUUCAAUUGGUACAGGUUGGCUUCUUGGAUUAAUAUUACUGAACAGUGGCCGUUUAGGACUUCCUGGAUUUUAUAUCAUGUCGAAAUGUAUGAAGAUUCUUUAGAAGAAAGCACGCCUCUGAAAGUCAUCUAUGAGAAAAUCAAACCACAAGUUCAAGCAAUUAGAGAUAACGAGCCUCUUUUGGAAUUAGAUAGGGAUGAGAAGAAAUUAGAAAUAUUUUUGUCCUAUCACAAAACCAGUUUGUUGAUCAGUGACAUCAAAAUUUUCGUGCCGUUCACCAUAAACCUUGAUCCUUAUCUAAAAAAGGUUAUAAAAGAGGAACUUCAAAAUAUCGAUGAGGAAUACCUGAUGAUGAGUCCUCCCAAAAUGGGAAUGUUACAAAAUAAUCCUGUAUCAGUGCUGAAUCCGUGGAAUCUUCAUGCUGCCGAUUGGACUCCGCCGAAGAACGUAGUUAACAGAAGAACUCGAAAUAAUACUAGAUUUCCAUCUCCAACCCCUUCCACUUAUUACCCACAAGCCAGUAAUGUUAUUGGUUGGGCUCAACCUUGGAUUAGUACUCCACCUCAAGCUCCGCCCAUCUUGCCUCCGCCGCCUAUUGUUCCUGCUGAAAUACUAGAUGGAAAAUUGUCUUCAUUGAACGUUGACGGUGUUUGUAAAUUGCUGCAUUCCAUAGAGGACUUGAGCAAAGAAGCUGUAUCUAAUUAUACGAAGAUCAUAAAAGAUCACAACAUCAACGGCAGAGUUUUGACAAGUUGUGACCUGGACGAAUUGAAACAACUUUUACAAAUGACGUUCGGUGAUUGGGAGAUGUUCAAAGCCACAGUUUUUUCCCUGAGGGAAAUGGAAUUCAAUUUAGUUAUGAGACAGGAAGAGCUUAAGUUGGGAAGGCCAAACAAGGACCGUAAAGGUAGUAUGAGCAAAUCAAGCAACACCAGUGAUAAGGAACCUAAAAUUCCAAUGGAAGGACCCCUUCCAAGAAAGCAGAGUGUAAUGGAAAAACAAGUGACCUUGGAGGAUCAGAUGAUUUGUGGAGCCCUUCAGACGCUGAACGAAGAAGCCUGCGAAGAUGUUCUCGAAGAAACUGAAGAUGCGCGCAUGGUCAACGAUCAAGAUUUACCAGUGACAUCUAUAAUACCACCUUCUCCCGAUACUAAUCAAGAUUAUGAAACAGAAUAUAGAUCAAGAACGAACAGCACGAGUGGCUAUGGGGAAACAGAUUUUGUUAUGUUGCAACCAUCUCCUAUUGGUCAUUGGCAACCUGUGAGCAUAUGCAUUCAAGGCAAUUCAGAGAGCUUGAGCGAAAGUUCUAGAUGUAGUUCACAGCUGCCAUCCCCAGUAUUAGAAAGAAGAAACUCCAACACCAUCCAACUGGGUAAACUGAAGAAUCAAAAUCAACUCGACGAUCCCUUCAAGAAAGGCAAGCAUGUUGUUAUCAACAUAGACCCCCAGGACUCCACCAAAGUGAACAUCUCCACUGCUCACAACACCGUCUCUUACAACAUAAAGGAAGUGAAACCCCUGUUGCAGCAAGAAAAGAAAACAACUGCAAGCCAAACCAGGAACAGACCAAGACCAAACUCCUUGAGCAUCGCUGGAAACGAGUCGAAAAGUAGAUCUGUACGUAACAGAUCGAAAUCCAUAGACCACACGGCGAAACAGAAGAAUAACGAGAUGCUGCCUAGCCUCGAUGCUCUGAAUAAAAUCAAGGAGAAGCUGUUACAUUCUAGUCCCGAGCUACACGAAGGUAUCGGCGCGUUGAGUGACAACGAGAGCACGCCACUGGUUUCCGAGCUAUCUGCCAGUCCGAAAUCAGGACACAGCUCAGACGUCCGGUCUUCAGAUUCUAACGGUUACCAUUCACCCAUAUCCCCACACAGCCUGUCCCCAGAUUACAUGACAAGCGUGAAGGAAAACUCCAUAAUUUUCAGUUCGGACUCAACCCCAACCCCAAAUUCUUCAAACGCUAACUUGUCCCCAUCUAAUGGUGAUUUCGGGAAGAAGAAGAAGAACGUGAGGUCGAGGAGACAUUCCGAUUCUUGUUCUCUGUCACUUUCGAAGAGUACAGGUAGCAAUAACAGUAUCCAGAGCUCUUCCAGUUCCAGGCAGCUGUCCAGACAGAGCGCCCUGGAAGAGAGUUUUGAAGAUAUUCCUUGUGAUUUGGAUAAGAUAUGUUGAAUUUGUGUACUUAAACUUUUUCCCGAUUUUAGUAGAACCAGUAUUUCGUUUAGAUAUAGUGCUAAGAUAUUUAUUUAUAUUUUUUACUAUGUUUUAUCUUGUGUAAGAUAAUAAAUAAUGUUAGUUGUUGCAAA